AUACCUUUGGCACCGCUUCGGUCUCACGAUUAGGAGACUAUUUCGCUUUCUGCCACGUGCCCGAGGCAUCCAAUGAACUCUGCGGUCCAGCCCUCGACCGACGACGAAAGCGAGAUCGUCGUCUCCGUCGACUGCUCCGAGAACGUCGCGCCAUUUCCAAGCCUGCCAACGACAGCACCAGACGCAGCGCACAAGGUAUACUGCCAAGGUGACGGCUGCCGAGCGAAGUUGCACCUAGUUGCACUCGACCCGACCUCAGCGAUGCAUGUCAAGGGUUCGGUUGAGAUCUACUGUGCAAGCUGCUUCAGCAAGCGUCCAGGCAAGCCGGAGCUAUCCCCCGUUCGCCAAUUGCCCGUCGUGUCCUCCGUCAAAAACCCGAAAUGCGAUGGCAAGCUCGACAAGUACAAGGCCAUCAUGGAAGAUUCGCACGUGCAUCUCGUCUAUCUCGCCAUGUUAUCAUCGUUUGGCCACUCGCGUGGGGCUACUUUUGUACCACGCUCAAACGCCAACCGCUGCCCGAGCCGUCGUACACUGCCACGUGGCGACAUCGAUUGCACUGGAUCAUGGCUGCCGUCUCGCACCUUCAGUGCGCCUUCUGCUGUGCUUACAUCUGGUUCAUCUUUGUCGCCAUCAAUCAGAGCUGUGAGUAUGCCGCACAAGCGUGGUUCUGGGUCCUUCUUGAAGUCUACACGCUCUACUUUCUCCUGCUCAACGUCAUUUACGUCGCGACCCCCAUCAUGCCUGCAAAGCCGACACGCCAUGUCACAACAAAUCGUCCUCUCAGCGUGGGCAACACACCACACGUGGCAGUCCAGCAGCCGCUGACGUCCCGUGCAUCGCCGCACGACGACAACAACGCCCUUGUUCGUGUGCUGCAAGCGGUGGCGCUCACAGUGGUGCCUGUCGCCGGCCUCACCUUGGUCGAGUACCUCUUGGCCUCGCUCCCCAACACAUAUCUGAUCGCCAAGGUCGGCGAUGACGUCGAAGCGCUUGUCUUUACGGGUGCCGAUGGCCAGCCACUGCCGGAAGACACCGCGCCAAGUGUGUUUGCGACGCGGGUCAACAGCCACUGGCUCUUGCGGGCGUAUCGAGCUGGUCUCAUAAUCAUCACCGUCGUCGUCGUUGGCUUGAACAUCUGGCUCAUGCUCUCGUGGGUCACGCACGCGUGGCCAUCUCGCAAAUUUGGGAUCCCGAUCGAGACUUUGAUCCAGCUGCCCGCCAACGUCGCGUACAAUGUGGCUGGAACCAUGACCGAUAUCUGUCAUCCGAACGAUGAUGGAACGUUCCGCGCAGUGUGGAACUUGGCCUUGACGCCGACGCCAAGCGUCCUGAACGGGCUGCCGACAAUGAACGUGGGCUUUGUGAAAAAUCGAGAUCUUGUGUAUUUCACGGAUCUCGCCGUCGGAACGCUUUGGCUCGUGGCGCAGGACACGUACUCGAUGACAGUGCGCCCAGCCGUGAACCAACAAAACGUGACGAUCCGGGCGUCCUUUGGCAACGUCUCGAGCUGCGACGACGUCGCCAAAUUGCACAUCCUGUGUCUAAUGACGUAUACGGACAAGUCACUUCGAAAGCGUCUGGCCACCGCAGCACCAGGCCUUACACUGCUGCCCACACUGCUUCUGGCGAAAUACUGCUUCCAGAUGCUCGUGGUGGCUGGCAUUGUCGGGUACGCGUCGCUCCAAAUCUUAGCGCUCUGGCUGCAAUUUGACGCACUCACGGUAACAGUGGAUCUGACGCUGCACCAGAACCUGGAUGUGUGGUACCGACUUCGCAAUCAUGUGUUCAAGGUCGUUACCUUCUACACUGAGUUUGUGACGACGCUCAUGUCGAUUGCGCUCGUUCAGCUCACGGUCGCCAUCAGUGGCCUUGUCAUCUACUGCCUCAGCGGCGUCGCGCCACUGCCCGGCUACUAUCUUUUGAUUCUAACAAUGGUCGGAUCGCUCUCGACGCUGGCGUUUCUCUUGCCAUUGGCAAAGGCGCUCGACAUUCAAGCCAGCCACGAGGCGAAGCUCCACGCCUUGCUCUUGCAACUGCACCACGAACGAGAGCGGCGCUCCAAGGUCGACCGACUGAGUUUGAUGGCAUGCUUGUCGCGGCUCAUUCAGCUGGUCGGUCCCAACGACGACCGCAUUUGCUUUUGGGGCGUCGAGCUCUCGAUGGCCCGGCUCAUUGGACUCACGAUUUCUAUUGGGUCGGGCUUGUCGGUGGUCUUUUCCCGCACCGUAAACCACAGCUGGUCGGAGCCUCUGCAUGAGAUGUAGUCGAAGGCAAGUAAUCACAACAUGCCACCUGC